AUGUCAACAGAGUCAACAAUUAACAAUAUUUCUACCGCGGAAACAGAUACAGAAAAUAUCGCCAUGCCAACGGAUUCAACUAUUAACGAUAUUUCUACCACAGAUAAAGAUAUAGAAAGUAUUAUUACUUUCACUAGCACCGACACAAAUAUAUCUGACAUUCCGACCAGUACAGAAAUACUCACUACGUCAACAGAGUCAACAAUUAACAAUAUUUCUGCCGCGGAAACAGAUACAGAACAUAUCGCCAUGCCAACGGAUUCAACUAUUAACGAUAUUUCUACCACAGAUAAAGAUAUAGAAAGUAUUAUUACUUUCACUAGCACCGACACAAAUAUAUCUGACAUUCCGACCAAUAAAGAUAUAGAAAGUAUUAUUACUUUCACUAGCACCGACACAAAUAUAUCUGACAUUCCGACCAGUACAGAAAUACUCACUACGUCAACAGAGUCAACAAUUAACGAUAUUUCUGCUGCGGAAACAGAUACAGAACAUAUCGCCAUGCCAACGGAUUCAACUAUUAAAGAUAUUUCUACCACAGAUAAAGAUAUAGAAAAAAAUAUCGCCAUGCCAACGGAUUCAACUAUUAACGAUAUUUCUACCACAGAUAAAGAUAUAGAAAGUAUUAUUACUUUCACUAGCACCGACACAAAUAUAUCUGACAUUCCGACCAGUACAGAAAUACUCACUACGUCAACAGAGUCAACAAUUAAUGAUAUUUCUGCCGCGGAAACAGAUACAGAACUUAUCGCCAUGCCAACGGAUUCAACUAUUAACGAUAUUUCUACCACAGAUAAAGAUAUAGAAAGUAUUAUUACUUUCACUAGCACCGACACAAAUAUAUCUGACAUUCCGACCAGUACAGAAAUACUCACUACGUCAACAGAGUCAACAAUUAAUGAUAUUUCUGCCGCGGAAACAGAUACAGAACAUAUCGCCAUGCCAACGGAUUCAACUAUUAAAGAUAUUUCUACCACAGAUAAAGAUAUAGAAAGUAUUAUUACUUUCACUAGCACCGACACAAAUAUAUCUGACAUUCCGACCAGUACAGAAAUACUCACUACGUCAACAGAGUCAACAAUUAAUGAUAUUUCUGCCGCGGAAACAGAUACAGAACAUAUCGCCAUGCCAACGGAUUCAACUAUUAACGAUAUUUCUACCACAGAUAAAGAUAUAGAAAGUAUUAUUACUUUCACUAGCACCGACACAAAUAUAUCUGACAUUCCGACCAGUACAGAAAUACUCACUACGUCAACAGAGUCAACAAUUAACAAUAUUUCUACCGCGGAAACAGAUACAGAACUUAUCGCCAUGCCAACGGAUUCAACUAUUAACGAUAUUUCUACCACAGAUAAAGGUAUAGAAAGUAUUAUUACUUUCACUAGCACCGACACAAAUAUAUCUGACAUUCCGACCAGUACAGAAAUACUCACUACGUCAACAGAGUCAACAAUUAACGAUAUUUCUGCUGCGGAAACAGAUACAGAACUUAUCACCAUGUCAACGGAGUCAACGAAUAACGAUACUCCUGUCACAGAAACAAAUACUGUAACUAAUCUUACUUUAUCUAGCGCCGACUCAAAGAUAUCUGAUAUUCUGUCCAGUACAGAAGCAAUCACCAUGUCAACGGAGUCAACGAAUAACGAUAUUUAUACAAGUAAAACAGCUACAGAAACUACACCAAUUUUGUUUACCAUCAACUCUACGACAACUGACAUCUCAGUCAGUAAAGAAACUUCGAGGGAUUCGACUACUUACCACAUUUCUAAUACGGAAACUACUACUACUUUGACUACCACCGAUUCAAUGGCAACUGAGAUACCAACCAGUAUAGAAACAAUAAUCGCGCCAACAGAAUCCAUUAUUGAAGAUAAUUUUAUUAUAGAAUCAGAAACUAUACUCACUUUGUCUAUCAAUGACUCUAUGACAACUGACGUCUCUACGGGGACAAUCACUAAGCCAAUGGAUUCUUCUAUAGACGAUAUAUCAACUACCAUAGCUAUUACUACCAUGAUUACUACAGAUUUUACGACAACUGACUUUCCUUCCAGUACAGAAUCGACCACCGUGCUAACUGAGACUACGACAGAACAUAAUUCUAUCACAGAAAGAGAUUCUAUUAUUAAUACCACUGAAAGUCUCAAUAAAUUAAAAUCAGAAUCUUCAUUCUGGAAUACAGUUACAAUAACUUUAGUAGCUAUAGGCUCAUUUACAGUAUUAGCAGCAACAUCUUUUUUACUUUAUCAGCUUGCUGUAAGAAAAUCUAGAAUUGAACUACCUGAAAUUCUUUUUUAUGAUGUUGAACAACUACCCCCGACUCUUCGCCUUCCCAGAGCAAAAGUUACCAAUAAUCAUAGCUUACAUAAAGAAACAAUAAUUUACAAUAAUUUUUGUGGUGACUACGUUAUGUAUAACUUAACACAAAUGGCCAACACUAAUUUAAUUUUUAUAUUUUGCACUUUGCUAAUACACCGUGUUGUAACUGACGAGGACUGUGUUACAUUCGAUUUCAAUGAAGGACUCGACAGCUUCAGUUUCAACCAUCCAUUAUGUAGUGAAAUUCAAGAUACAUGGACUUCAGAAUUCUAUAGCUCAUCCACAGUAUGUCGACCACAUCCAGCAAGUGAAAAAUUUAUAACACCAACAGGAGAAAACAAUUGUGUGGCGUCAUUCAAUUUUAAAGUGAUAAACGGUGGAACUGUAGAAAUUCUUGUAUAUACGGAUGAAGGAAACGUGUUAACCAUUAUGGCUGCUGAUCAACAUAAUAUACCUGUAGAAACUAUAAUGUAUGGUUCACUGGUGGAUAACUUUUCACCUGGUUGGACAUUUAUUACCAUGGAUUUGACUAAGAAAACUUGUGAUCCCUGCGUUAUCGUGUUUAUUGCUUUCAUCAGCGACAAUACUGAUAUGUUAAUCGAUUCAUUUCGAUACAUACCAUCUAAUAUAGAUGAUAAAGAAUGUAAUGUAUAUGCCGAAGAAGACACAACUGUAGCGGAUACUACGACGACGGAAAUUACUACUGAUGAUGCAAGUACUUCUGAUUAUACAACCGUACCUGAAACAACAACAACCUACACAGAUGAGACAACUGCAUUUGAGUCUACAACAAUAUUAUCAACAACUAAUUCUGAAGAAACGACUGCUUAUGAUUCGUCAACCACUGAUUCAGCGACAUCUGAUGACACAACGCAAUCCGAAACAACAUCAAUUUCAACAAAUAGUUCUGAAGACAGUACUGAUUCAACUUUGACAUCGCACUUAACUACUUCCGAGAAAACAACAAGCAGUGACUCUACUACGCCGAUAUUAGAGGAGACAACUGUUUCAGAUUUAACAACAACUAUACUUGAAUCUACAGCAUCUAUAUCUACAAUAAGUUCGGAAGAUACAACGAUAACUGAUUCAACGUUGCCAUUAUAUACAACUACACCUUAUGAGAUGACUGAGGAGACAGAUAUUACAGAAGAAUUGCAGACAACUACAGAAUUACCUGAAGAAGAAACAACGAUAGAAGUAGAAAGUGAUACUAGUCCAUCAGAAAGUACUGAUUCUGGUAAUAAUACUACUGAGAGUCCAGAUAAAAUAGAAUCGGAAUCUUCACUUUGGAAUACAUUUGUAAUAUUUACCUUAGUAGGUGUGGGCUUGUUUACAGUUUUAGCGGUGACAGCUAUGUUAUUCUAUCAGCUUGGUGUAAGAAAAUCUAGAAGCGAAUUACCUAAAAUUCUUUUUUAUGAUGUUGAAGAACUACCACCGACUAUUCGUGUUCCUAGAGCGAGGGCUGCUGAUAAUCAUAGCCCAUACAAAAGAAACGAUUAUUUUCAAUAUUAUUAAUUAUUUCAAUAUUAUUAAAUAAGUAAAUGUGAUGAUAUGAUAGGUAAUUUCAUUGUGUUAGUCUUUUUCAUUAA